AUGUCGGGGCUCCUGAAGACCAUUGCUAGCCAUGUUGCUCCUGCCCUGAGGGGAUGCACCGUCACUCAGAAGGCUACUCUCUACAUUAGACCAGCCAAGGAAAACAUCAGCCCAGUUGACAUUUUUGUUGGAAUGGUCAUGUUCUCCCUGACCAUCCUGGGACCAUCUGGAUGGAUCUUGGCCCACAUGAAGGACUAUAAGCAGAAACAAUAA